AUGCCAAACCCGCCAAAAAUCAUCCCCCGGGACGCAACCAACUGGACCAGCCAGCCGAUAAUCGAUCUGACCAGGACUACCUCUCGAUUUGAUGAUGUCUUACACCGUGGCCCAUGUGCCCCGAGCCUAUCGAGCGAAGUGGGCCACAACAGGCUCCGAGCAAUCCUCCCCACGCGGCUCACUGCUCUGGCUCCCCGCUUGAUGCCCUACAGCAAGGAUGCUACGGCUAUCUACUACGCCCUGAGAAUAUACGAGGAGGGGCAGAUCGAGGACCAGCUCCGAUGCCUGGUCCUCGCCGCUACCCAGAAGUUUGCCCUCCGCCGCAGCGCCUCGAUCAAGGAUUUCUGGAUCGCGCUCCCGGGUGUCGUGGACUUUUGUCACGAACUCAGCGCCGUCACCGUCCGAGACUUGGUCCUCUCACUUACCCUGGGCGCGCGGGGAACCGACAAGAGGGCCCUGGCCACUGGCUCCGGCCUCGGCAUGCUCCUGAGCGACCUCUACCAGCUUUUCAGGGCUGAGGCUGAAGGUUGGGAUGACGUGGAUGAGGUCACCUGGAUGAGCGGCGUCCGCGCCAAGGCCAUCGUUGAGGAGCAGACCGCCUGGCAGUUGACCAAGCAGGGCAAGGCCGAGCCGGACCCUCCCUAUAAGAAUCUCCCCCUUGAGAUCCCCCGUCGCGUUGAAGCACAAGCUCGCGGAGAAGGCGAGGGUGAGCGAAGCUCCAAGAGGCGUCGCUUCAACACGCCCUGCAUCGAGGUCCGGUGGAUGAGUCGCAAGGAGCCCCGGAAUGGCGAGAGCUCCCGCCGCCUCUUAUACUUGCGCGCGGAUGACGCCGAAUGGGACAAGAAGUUCCCUAUCCCCGACCAGCCUAAGGUGGCCGCAACGGGAUCAUCGCCAGGCAAGAUCAAGGUCAAGGAGCCCCUGCCCGAGAUAACGAUCGAGCCUCGCCAUGGCUUCGACUGGGAAAAGACAGAACCCAUCCAGCUUCGUCCCUACAAGCCCAUCUAUCACAUAACGAUGGGCCUCCAGCUCGAGAACCCCUCCAACCUCAUCCUUGUUGAUCGUAAUUAUAAGGAUAGGGUUGACGCUCGCCGGGAACUCAUACGACAUCAUCCCCAAACCGUUCUUGGAUGCACCCCGGAAGGAUGCUCAGCAGUGCGGGAGGUCUAUACGUAUCUGAUGUUUCAGUACCUACCAACUCGAUAUCCCAGCAUGUUCAAUGCGCGCAGAGACUUGAACCGUUUCCAAAAUCUAGUCACUGGGAAAGCCUUCCCCCUCUCAUGUCCCGAGGACCCGCGAGAGGCUCUUGCGAUCCUAGGAGAAACUGUUGAGGACGACAUGUUUCUCGUUCAGAAUACCGAGCAUGGACACAGAUCGGUGGCCUUUGUCUGCUGUCAUCCGUCGGGCUUUGACCCAUCGCAGAAGCUAGGCAAGGGGCUGAGGGAGAUCCAUGGCCCAGUUCCUCACUACGACAAGAUCGGGCCGAGCAUGGAGAAAUUCUUUGGGCGGCUGGAGGUUGGAAAGAAUGUGAAGAGAAUGAAUCAGUGGUCCGUCGUGGCCACGCCGGAGCUGUUCAGUCCGUCCAAGAACCAUGUCCACGUCGGCGAAGACGUCAAAGAAGACGAUGAAAUAGACAUCCAACAGGCUUCUUUCAUCAAGCCUGAGGCAUCCCGACCACACCACAACCAUUUCCUGAGCCCUGAUACUCCCCCAAAUCUUUUAGCUUUUGCAUGCAGGCCAAGCAACCUUUCUUGGAGGUUGACAAAUUACAACAUGCUCUCACUAAUACGUGCACCGAUGCCCCCUCGGGCAAAUAGAGCUUCCGACAAUCCCGUGCUGUAUGAGGACGGGGCGUCAGCCCUCGAGUUUCACGCGGCCGGGGCCGACUACGUGCUCCGAAACACUCAUCCGCCGUGGGAUGAUAAUAAACCAUCCAUCGUGGUACCUCCAUUGCACUACCAUAUCAAACAGACAGAACAUUUCAAGAUCGUCUCUGGUGAAUGCCACCUCUUCAAAGACACCGACUCGCACCCUUGGAAGACACUAUCUGCCGACGACUCAGACAGCCCCAAAACCGCCUCCAUCCCGCCAGAGACGUACCACACCAUCCACAAUGCGUCAAAGACGAAGCCGCUCGUGCUGGAUGUCAAACUGACGCCGGAGGACUACGAAGCAGAACAGAGAUUCUUCCGCAACUUCUUUGGCUAUGUCGACGACUGCAGGAGGGCAGGCACCGCUCCCAGUAUCUUUCAGCUAAUGGUGUUUCUGAGGGCAGCCGACACGCCUCUAGGUCUGCCGAUGCCCACGACUUGGCUGCGGAUUGCUGUGAGUCGCAUCUUUAUGGAUGCGAUGGGGUGGUGGGGGAAGUGGAUGCUGGGAUAUGAGGAGAGCUAUGAGGAGUACUUCGCGGAGAAAAAGAGCCUAUAG